UGGGACAUAAUCUACGGCAGGAAAAAACAAGCGUGUUUGAAAAAAUGUUAGGCUAAAGCUUUUCUUUAACCAGGCCAAGAGUUCAACUUGCAGCUCUUCACUGCAUGAGUUUGUUUCUGAUAAGCUGUAUUAGCAGGCGGGCGAGGUAAAGCCACAGACGGGAGACAACUACAAGACUUAUCUCUGUCACACAGCUUCGGGCCGAGCCAUCUGACAGCUGGUUUAUCUGGAGCCACACACACCCUCUCACUGGGGAAGUGUCACUCCACAACCCCCUCCGUCUCCUCAUUCCUGCUGACUCCCUGCUCACCCUCUCCUUUCUCGCCUCCUCGCCUCACCCCUCUCCGAAUUCCAGGAGCUUUUAGUCAUGGAGCAGAUGACUGUCACACACCAACCAAGGCUGUCAGACACAGACGCCUCAGCCUCAGCAUCAGCAUUUCAAGAGAAGAAAGAGGGGGGCUUCACCACAGGAAGUCAAGAUGAGUUGGGGUCAAACAACACCUCUGCAUUUACAGACCCAAUACUCACACAGCCUGGCCUCGGCAUAACCACGACAACCAUCACCACCAUCACACAGACGGGUGGGGGCUGGAGCACCGGCCUGUUCAACAUCUGCGGAGACAAGACUACAUGUGUUCUUGGGGCUCUGGUGCCGUGCUGUUUGGACCUGAGUUUAGCUCACCAGUACGGGGAGUGUCUGUGUAUUCCUCUGCUGCCAGGAUCCACUUUUGCUAUGCGAGUUGGGAUCAGAGAGCGGUAUAAGAUACGGGGCAGUGUGUGUGAAGACUGGACCACAGUGUAUUGCUGUUACCCUCUGGCUGUAUGUCAGAUGAUAAGAGAGAUGAAGCGGAGGAUGAAGACACAAACCUAUCAUGUGUCCACUGCCCUUGAAUGCUCCUGAAGAAACUCUAUACAGUCAAUAAGGACUUCCCUUUUACAAUGCAAGAAAGACUGAUAAGGGUCAUAUGAGAUUACUGGUACUGUAUGAAUAGCACAAAUAAUCAAUAAUGUUUUAGAUGCCCAUGGGAUGCAGAAAAAUCUGAAAUGUAUGGUCUAAAUAAAGUGUGUAGUGCUUAAAAAGCCCUCAGAGAUUUUAA